AUGAUCCAAUACCGAAUUCUCUUAGCUAAUGAGUUAUUUUUGUAUUUAAGGAAGAAGAAAAAAAAGAUAGCUGACAAGAUUUUACCACAAAGGGUUCGAGAUCUAGUUCCAGAAUCACAGGCCUACAUGGAUUUACUGGCGUUCGAACGUAAACUGGAUGCAACUAUUAUGAGAAAACGACUGGAUAUUCAAGAAGCCUUAAAACGACCAAUGAAACAGAAGAGAAAGCUGAGGAUUUUCAUUUCCAAUACUUUCUAUCCACCAAAACCAGAAGGAGAGGAUGGAGAAGAAUCGAUUCCAUCGUGGGAGUUGAGAGUUGAAGGUCGUCUAUUGGAAGAUGUAACUAAAUUGAGCAAUGCUAACAAUGUGAAACGCAAGUUCUCAUCAUUCUUUAAGUCCCUUGUUAUUGAGUUAGAUAAAGACCUGUAUGGUCCUGACAAUCAUUUAGUUGAGUGGCAUCGUAUCCCCAACACACAAGAAACUGACGGAUUUCAGGUCAAACGACCAGGGGAUAAUAAUGUUAAAUGUACUGUAUUGCUGAUGUUAGAUUAUCAGCCAAUGCAGUUUAAAUUGGACCCAAGACUAGCUAGAUUGUUAGGAAUUCAUACACAGACGCGACCAGUCAUUAUUAAUGCGCUAUGGCAAUAUAUCAAAACUCAUAAACUACAGGACCCGAAUGAACGGGAAUAUAUCAAUACAGAUAAAUAUUUAGAACAGAUAUUUGAAUGUAAGAAGAUGAAGUUUGCUGAGAUUCCAUCUAAAUUACAUCCCUUAAUGAUGCCCCCUGAUCCAAUAGUUAUAAAUCAUCUCAUUACUGUAGAGGGUCCUGACGCUAAGAAAACUGCCUGCUAUGAUAUUGAUGUUGAAGUGGAUGAUACCCUAAAACAACAGAUGAAUUCAUUUUUACUGUCAACACAGAGUCAGCAAGAAAUAGCCUCAUUGGACAACAAGAUACAUGAGACUGUAGAGACCAUCAAUGGAUUGAAAACUAACCGGGAAUUUUUCCUUGGAUUUGCUAAAGAUCCACAGGAUUUUAUCAAUAACUGGUUGAUUUCCCAAACUAGAGACCUGAAGACAAUGACUGAUGUAGUUGGUAAUCCUGAGGAAGAACGAAGAUCAGAUUUCUUCUACCAAACUUGGUCCCAGGAGGCUGUCUGCAGAUAUUUCUAUGGCAAGGUUCAGCAGAGAAGAGUAGAGUUAGAACAAGCCCUGGGUAUUAGAAAUACAUAA